AACGUUGCGCAACCUGGUGGCAGCUGUGCGUACUUAAAGGGCGCUAGCCGCUGUCAUCCCGAAGUUGACCGUCUCGUGUUCAACUGGAAACAUGUUAUUGAGUUUUAUUCCAAUCUCAUCCCAAAUUAAAUGUCAGGUGUUAAGUGCAUGUGUAAAAAAUUGUUUAACAAACAGUUUACCGUCUUGAUCUAGUGUGAAAUUAGUUGUUUUAUUUAGUAAAUUUAAGAAAAAGUUUAUUUAAUUGUCGACCAUGCCGAAAGGAAAACGAAAAGGAAAGUCUGAUCGUGGUCGUUUCGAUGGCUCUCUGCACACCUCGGACGACGAUUCCUUCAAUGACAACAACAGUGUCAUCAGCAAUUACUCUGAAAACAAAAGUGUAGAGGAAGGCGAAGAUAACGAAGAGUACGUCCAAGAACAGUUUGAGGAUAAACUGAUAGAAAUGUUGGACGGGUUGAAUCAGAAGUCGUCGCAAGGAAGGAUCAAUUGCAUUCAAACCCUGCGUAAAGCGCUCAUUAAAAAAUACGUUCCAAAUUUUGUCAGAGAGAGACACUUCACGAUUUGCGAUAGCAUAGAGAAGAGUCUGAAGAAAGGCGGAGGUUUGGAGAAAUCGGCGGCUGCCGAACUGGCUCCUGUGAUCAGUUUACAGCUUGGAGAGGAAGACGCGGGAGAGAUGGUUGAUAAGACGUUGAGGCCUCUUCUGAUUACAGCUGCCUGCGACGCUUCGGUCGGCGUCGGUGCCAGAGCGAAGUGUUGCCACGCCUUGGGCAUGAUGGGUUUCCUCUCUGGAAGCCAGUUGGGAGACGUCCUUUCCCUAAUGCAAAACCUGGAAACUAUUUUCUCUGGUAGCUACUUAAAAGGAGACGGAUCCAUCCCGAACAUCACCUCGGAAGUGGCAAACCUCCACGCGGCAGCGCUAAGUGCUUGGACGUUACUAUUAACAAAUAUGCCACCAGGAAGUCUCACAGAUUUAAUAGACACUAAAACCCUACCAUCCCUAGAGCAAUUAUCCGAAUUGUUGGAAUCGCCCCAUCUUGAAGUCCGGUUAACAGCAGGCGAAGCUCUAGCUUUAAUUUUCGAAGAAGGCCGCAAAGACAACUCUGAAUUCGCCGACGAUUUCGCCAUAUUCAUUACAGAAGUUUUUAAAAAACUGGCCACAGAUUCACACAAAUACAGAGCGAAAAAGGACAGGAAGCAACAACGGGCGACGUUCAGAGACAUUCUCUCGUUCAUAGAAGACGAUAUUGUGCCGGAUGUUCAGGUGAAAUUCGGCCGGGAAAUCUUGGUGUUGGAUACGUGGGCGCGGAGGAAGCAAUACGAAGCGUUGUGCAGUGUGCUGGGUCCAGGAAUAAAUCUACACCUUGGAGAAAACGAUCUCUUGAGAGAUAUUUUCGAAAUUACGGCUCCGAUAGUUCAGGCUCAUGACGCUCCGGCGCAUGCGCAGCAACAUCUGGAGAGGUGUCGCAAACGACUUUUAAACGCAGCAGCAUUCAAAGCCAGGACGAUAUCACGGGCGAAGAACAGGGAUAAACGAUCAGACUUCUAAGUGUAUAUUAUGGGGGAUAUUUAAUGUAUUUAUUUUAGCUCAAUUAUAACUAUUUUCAUCGUAGUUGAAUUGAUUUUGUAGUAGAGUAGCAAAUACAUAGAUUUUCGGUUGUAUCUAAUCAUAAGUAAAUUUUCAGUGUAGUGCGAUAUUUUAAAUUUGUAAAUACGUUUUUAUUAAAAUAAAUUUACAAAUUUA